UCAAGAAAGAAAGAAAGAGAGAGCGAGAUGGGUUUGUUAACCUUGUUCGUUUUGAUCUCCUUCAGAGCCCCAAUUGCUUUAAGCGACAGUAAUCCGUCUGCAUAUGAAGUUAUUCAAGAAUACGACUUCCCGGUGGGUAUUCUUCCUAAAGGAGUAACGAGCUAUGAUUUGAACAGAGAUACUGGCGAGUUUUCAGCAUAUAUUAACGAGACUUGCAGCUUUUCCAUUGAUUCUUAUGAGCUGGAGUACAGUUCCACAAUCACAGGUGUUAUAUCCAAAGAUAGAAUCAACAACUUGAAGGGUGUUAAAGUUAAGGUGAUUCUGCUGUGGCUUAAUAUCGUGGAACUGGUUCGUGAUGGUAAUGACCUUCGAUUCUCCGUGGGGAUCGCCUCUGCCGAUUUCUCAAUCAAUGAUUUUGGAGAGUGCCCUCAGUGUGGGUGUGGAUUUGAUUGUAAUGAUUUUCUAUUAUCUUCUUCUUAGUUGAUUGUAAUGAAAUUAGGGAGGUUUCACCCGUAUCCUCUAUUGAUCUUAUUAGUUGUCAUUACACCUCAUGCAUGGUGGACAUUGGUUUUGUUGGGAGGCUUUGAUGAUUGAUCUUAACCAAUUGAUUCGAGAUAAUUUCUGGAAUUAUAACUACAAAAUCUAAUUUCAUUUUUA